AUGGCGCCCGCUGCUCUGAUCGAUCACUCUCCCUAUCAACCCAUUCCUGCCCAAAAGCUGCCGUCGGCAAACAAUCUCGUCCUCAUCGACAAUUAUGACUCGUUCACCUGGAAUGUCUACCAGUACCUCGUCCUUGAAGGUGCCUCCGUUACAGUAUACCGAAACGACAAAGUGACUCUUGAAGAGCUUAUUGCCAAAAAGCCAACACAAUUGGUCAUCAGCCCUGGCCCUGGUCACCCUGACACGGACGCGGGUAUAAGUAAAGACGCAAUCAAAUACUUUGCGGGCAAGAUUCCGAUCCUAGGGGUGUGUAUGGGACAACAAUGCAUAAUCUCGGCCUUUGGUGGUCAAGUCGAUGUUACUGGAGAGAUCCUCCAUGGGAAGACCUCCCCCUUGAGGCAUGAUGGCAAAGGAUGUUAUACUACAUUGGCACAAGACCUACCUGUCACAAGAUACCAUUCGCUCGCGGGGACACACCCGACCCUUCCGCAGUCGCUGGAGGUCUCCUCUUGGAUAGCCAGAGGGCCGGAUGGUGGCAAGGGCGUGAUUAUGGGUGUCCGCCACAAAGAAUAUGUCAUUGAAGGCGUCCAAUUCCACCCAGAAAGUAUCCUGACAGAGAAUGGUCGAGUCAUGUUCAAGAACUUCCUGCAAAUGUCUGGCGGAAAGUGGUCGGACAAUCCUCAGUAUGCGGCUCCCGAGGCAGAUGCCAAAGCCACCUUGAAUGGUGCAGCACCUGCGAAGAAAGAAUCCAUCCUGGACAAAAUCUACGCUCACCGACGACAAGCCGUCGCCGCUCAGAGGCUCAUCCCAUCCCAGAGACUGGAAGAUCUCCAAGAUGCCUAUGACCUCGGUCUUGCUCCCCCUCAAAUUUCAUUCCCAAAAAGGCUCCGACAAUCUCCUUACCCAAUUGCACUCCUGGCUGAGGUAAAACGAGCCUCCCCUUCGAAAGGCAUCAUAUCCCUCGGGACGUGUGCCCCAGCGCAGGCACGAAAAUAUGCAACCGCCGGCGCCAGCGUCAUCUCCGUGUUGACAGAACCGGAGUGGUUCAAAGGAAGCCUCGAAGACAUGAGACUCGUCCGCCAGGCUCUCGAUAGCAUGCCCAAUAGACCUGCGGUGCUGCGUAAGGAAUUCAUCUUUGACGAGUACCAGAUUCUGGAGGCACGGCUUGCCGGCGCAGACACAGUUUUACUGAUUGUGAAGAUGCUUGACGUGGAGACAUUGACGAGGUUGUACAACUACUCGAGAUUGCUGGGAAUGGAGCCUCUUGUCGAAGUCAAUACCGCAGAGGAGAUGAAAAUUGCCGUUGAGUUGGGCGCCGAAGUCAUUGGCGUGAACAAUCGCAAUCUCACAAACUUCGAGGUUGAUCUGGGAACGACAAGUCGACUGAUGGAUCAAGUCCCCAAGUCCACAAUUGUGUGCGCAUUAAGUGGAAUCUUUGGUCCUCAAGAUGUGCAAGCCUACAAAAAGGAUGUAGGAGAUCCCGAUGUCCUUGCACAAAAGGCAGCACGAAACAAGCAACUUUCGGUUAAAAUUUGCGGCACGCGCACACCCGAAGACGCCAAAGCAGCAAUUGAGGCUGGUGCAGAUCAAAUCGGCAUCAUUCUCGUGCCUGGCAGAACGCGCUACGUUUCUGACGAUGUGGCGCUACAGAUAGCGAAGGUUGUGAAAGGAACGCCUCGCGCGGCGUCUUCGAAACCCGUCAGUGGGGUUGAAGGAGUUGGCAGUGCAGAUUUCUUCAGCUACACCUCGUCCCAGCUCCUCCUCCGGCCUGACCGUGCCCUUCUCGUUGGUGUAUUCGUUGAUGCGCCCCUUCACCACAUUAUCCAGCAAGUCCGGAAGUUUGGAUUGGAUGCGGUGCAGCUUCAUGGCUCAGAACCCCUGGAAUAUGCAAGGCAGAUACCAGUUCCUGUCCUGAAAGCGUUUUCGCCCAAGGACUGCGGGAUCAACAGAAGAGGCUAUCAUGCCUUGCCCUUGUUAGAUGCUGGUUCUGGUGGGUCAGGCACGAGGGUCAACCUCGAUGACGUGAAAACCCUAUUUCAAAAGGAUGACAAUCUCAAGGUCAUCCUCGCGGGAGGACUCACUCCGGACAAUGUCCGGACGGUGUUGAAGGAACUGGGUGAAGAAUAUAUAGGCCAAAACAUUGUCGGCGUGGAUGUCAGUUCGGGGAUCGAAGUUGAUGGGCGGCGGAGUGCCGACAAAACGAAAGCGUUUAUAGACGCCGUCAAGACUUUGUAG